UCGCCGUUGUUAUCACUACAUACGACUCAUUAGGUCGGCUCAUAUAUGCAACGAGCAUUAUUAGUCUCUCCGCAGUCCGAACAUCGCAGUGCUCGCGUUUUGGUUUGUGCCGUAGGAAUUUUCUCGUUUCAAAUGCCAUAACUUUUUUUAUGUUGUUUUAUUUUUUUUUUUUUUAUAAAAAAAAAAUAAAUAAUCAUCGUGUGUAUUUCUUCUUUUCAACCCGUUCCAGGGAGUUAUUGUGGAAAUAAGUAUACCGGUAAUAAACGCGUACACGUAUCAAUACACACGAUUUUAUUUUUUUUUUUUACCGCGGGCAAAAUGAACGCCUUAACGAUGGUGGUCGUCGUUUCGGCCGCGGUCCUGUUCGCGUCCAAGCCGGUCCGAUGCCAGACCGACCGCGUGGACAACAAAUACUUAGAUCCCAACGACUAUUUCCUUGCCGGCGGAAAUCAACAAGACCGCCGUCGUAUUCAAGACGCGUUCAACAGGUACGCUAUACAGCGGCAACAGCAAGAGGAUCAGCAGCCGCAGAUCGGUUUCGACGGGAUAUUUCAACAGCAGCAACAACAGCAACAGCAACAGCAGCAGCAGCAGAAGCAACAGCAAGGGUUCCAAAGGGGUGGCAGAAAAUUCACCACGGACGAACCCGGCCAGAACUUCGACACGUCCGGCCGGUUCACGUCCAGGUCCGACCCCCAGCUGUCUUCGCCUUCGCAACAGGGACCGUUGACGCUGUCCAACAGCAACAUAAGACAGCUGUUGCAGCAGCUCGACGUGGCCGGAUCGCAACAGUGCAAUCUGAACGUUCAAGCGCAAUGGGAUUUCGAGACGAACGUCAACGAAGGGACGCAAAUAAGAGCGUUGGAACAACAGUUGCUGUAUUCCGAAUUCCAGCGCAAAGUUUUCUCCAUCAUAAACAGAUUGAAUCUGGAAAACGUCAUCGAUCCUAAUCUGAGACGACAGCUUAAGUAUUUGUCUAUGCCCGGACCUGCUGCACUGCCUCAAGACCAGCUGAGUCGAUACAACCGGCUUAUUAAUGACAUGUUGGCUGUUUAUAAUAGCGCUUCUAUUUGCGCUUUUGACGAACCGUUGAAAUGUGGUCUCAGGUUAGAUCCAGACUUGAACAUAAUAAUGUCUCGGAGCCGUGAUUGGAACGAACUUCAACACACUUGGAUUGAGUGGAGACGGAGAACAGGACAAAAAGUCAGAGACAUGUUCGAGCAGUUAGUAGACGUUAGCAAUCAAGCAGCUUUAUUGAACAACGUGUCCGACGCAUCUGAAAUGUGGAAGUUCCCGUACGAGUCGCCUUCGCUGCGGUUCGAAUUAGAAGACGCUUGGGAACAAAUAAAACCGCUGUACGAACAGCUCCAUGCCUACGUCAGAAAGAAGUUACGUGACCUCUACGGACCCGAAAGAAUAAGCCGAGAAGCGCCAUUGCCUGCUCACGUCUUAGGGAACAUGUGGGGCCAGUCAUGGGAAAACAUAUUAGACCUCACUAUACCGUAUCCCGGAAAGAACUAUUUGGACGUCACGCCACAAAUGAUUAAACAGGGGUACACGCCAGCUGCAAUGUUUAGAGUGGCCGAAGAGUUUUUCAUAUCGUUGAACAUGAGUUCAAUGCCUCAAUCUUUUUGGGCCAAUUCUGUGACCGAAGAACUUCCGGGUCAACCUAUCAUAUGUCAACCUUCAGCUUGGGAUUUUUGCAAUCGACAGGACUAUAGAAUCAAAAUGUGUACUCAAGUCAAUAUGAAAGACUUCAUAACUGUUCACCAUGAAAUGGCUCACGUACAAUACUUUUUGAAUUAUAAAAAACAGCCGAAAGUGUAUCGCGAUGGUGCUAAUCCAGGUUUCCACGAGGCCAUAAGCGAAGCAAUAUCGCUCUCCGUAUCGACGCCUAAACAUUUGCAAACAUUGGGAUUGAUACUGAACUCCGUCGAUGACAUCCCCCACAACAUCAAUUAUCUCUUCGGAUUGGCUAUGGAUAAGCUCACGUUCUUACCGUUCAGCUUGGCCCUUGACUUGUGGCGCUGGGAUAUAUUUAAAGGGACAACGCACAAGGAAAGAUAUAAUUGUCACUGGUGGGACUUACGAGAGCGUCUUGGCGGAGUGAAGCCUCCUGUGCUCAGAUCCGAAACCGAUUUCGAUCCAGGAUCUAAAUAUCACGUACCGGCCAACAUCCCGUACAUCGGGUAUUAUUUCGGAACAAUCCUGCAAUUCCAGAUCCACAGAGCUAUGUGCUUGGCCUCCGGACAGUACAGGCCAAACGAUCCGAAUAAACUAUUGCACAAGUGCGACAUUUACCGGAGCAAGGAAGCGGGCACGAUAGUGAAAAAACUUAUGGAAACAGGAUCGUCAGAAAACUGGAGAGACACUUUAUCGUUAGCGAUCGGAGAGAAUAGGCUCGACGGUUCGGCUUUGAGAGAAUUUUUUCAGCCACUGGAAGAAUGGUUGAGAAACGAAAACCUCAGGACAGAACAGUUCAUUGGAUGGACUUAUGAUGGAGAUUACUGCAAACACAGCAUAGAAACGGCUAAUCUACAGGUGUACGGAGGAUUUUACAACGGAGCCACUUCAUUUCCUUUAACGACGACCUUAGUAUUAUUAACGUCACUAUUAUCAUUGUUGUUAAUACGUUAAUGGAUAUUCAAUUUUAUGGAUUUUUUUACACAAAUGUUGUACAUAGUAAUAAUACAUAUAUUUAUAUACAUUAAAAAUGUCCAUGGGUACAUGGUACAUGUAGCAUUUAGAUUUGCAUGUAUAGUUUCAGACUUUCAGCCGUAUAAAUUGAGUUUUUCUCGGACGCGGAGAGUUGUCUCUUAAUUGCUUUCAUUCAAAAUUAUGAACAAUUUCGUAAAUCUCAACCGUCUAUUGUAGUAAAUUUACAAAAUAAAAAUGUUAUUUAUCUAUAAAAAAAAAAAAAAGUAACUAUU